AUGCGCCGCUUCCUCGCCACGGCGGCCCCACCUCGUCGCCCUAUCUCGCCGGCCACCACCGCGAGGUUCCUCUCGUCGCGCUCGUCCGGCUCGACCCGACCGGCCGCCUACCCGCUCGCCCCGAGCACGCCCGCCCAGCACCAGCUGCAGCACACCCGCACCCUCGCGACCGGUCUCUCGCAGACCUCGACCCCGGUUCCCUCCUCGAGCGUCUUCGCCGCGACCGAUGACCUCCUCCGGCGGCACGUCGGGCCCCAGCCGGCCUCAGUCGACAAGAUGCUCCACGCCCUCGGCUACGAGUCGCUCGACGCGUUCGUCGACGACUGCGUGCCGCGCGAGAUCCGGCUUGCCGAGGACGCCAUCGCCGACGAGGGCGCCGACGGCAUCCGCGCCCUGAGCGAGAGCGAGCUCCUGCGCCGCGCCAAGGACAUCGGGCGCAAGAACACGGUCGCAAAGAACUUUAUCGGCCUCGGGUACCACCAGGCGGUCCUACCGCAGGUCAUCCUCCGCAACAUGCUCGAGAACCACAGCUGGUUCUCCCAGUACUCGCCUUACCAGGCCGAGAUCUCGCAGGGCCGCCUCGAGUCGCUCAUCAACUUUCAGUCGCUCACGACCUCGCUCACCGGCCUCGACAUCGCCAACGCGUCGCUCCUGGACGAGGGCACGGCGGCCGCCGAGGGCAUGGUCAUGGCCUUUGGCCAACUUCGCGAGAAGCGCAAGACCAUCUUUGUCGACCGCAGCGUCCUUCCGCAGACGGUCGCCGUCCUGAGGACGCGCGCCGAGCCGUUCGGGAUCAAGGUCGUCGUCGGCAACGUCCGCAAGCUCAUCUCGGACGAGUCGGGCGACAAGGAGCAGCACAAGGACCUCAUCGGCGUUCUCGUCCAGUACCCGAACCUGCGAGGCGACAUCGCCGACUGGGAGGGCGUCGCCAAGCGCACACACGACCUCGGCGGCUUCGUCCUGUGCGCGACCGACUUCCUCGCCCUCACCGCCAUCAAGCCGCCCGGCGAGUGGGGCGCCGACAUCGCGUUCGGCAACGCCGCCCGCUUCGGCGUCCCGCUCGGCUACGGUGGGCCGCACGCCGCCUUCUUCGCCUGCAAGGACGCCCUCAAGCGCCGCAUGCCCGGCCGCCUGAUCGGCCUGUCCAAGGACGCCGACGGCCGCCCGGCGUACCGCCUCGCGCUCCAGACGCGCGAGCAGCACAUUCGUCGCGACAAGGCGACGAGCAACAUCUGCACGGCCCAGGCCCUUCUCGCCAACAUCUCGGCCAUGUACGCCGUCUACCACGGCCCCGAGGGCCUGCGCCAGAUCGCCGAGAAGGUGCACGGCCUGACGCGAGUCGUUGCCGCCGUCGUCGGCAAGCUCGGCCACAAGGUCGUCAACGAGUCGUUCUUCGGCGACCUGUCGAUCCGCCUGUCGGGCACCGCCGCGAGCGUCGUCCACGAGGCGGCAGCAGAGCGCAACGUCAACCUGCGCCGCAUUGACGACAACCACGUCGCCGUCUCGUUCGACGAGUCGCACGGCCUCGAGGACAUCGUCGACCUUGUCAACGUCUUCGCGCCGCGUCCUCUCGGCGCGAGCACCGGCGUGCGCUCGACCGGGCGCGACAUCCCGCCGAUCGACUCGCCCGCCAUCCCCAAGCACCUCGCGCGCACGACGCCCUUCCUCACCCAGUCGGUCUGGAACUCGCACCACAGCGAGACCGACAUCCUGCGGUACAUGCACCACCUCCAGAGCAAGGACUUGUCGCUCGUGCACGCGCCCAUUCCUCUCGGCUCGUGCACGAUGAAGCUCAACUCGACGACGUCGCUCACGCCGUUCACUUGGGACGAGUACGCCAAGAUCCACCCGUUCGCCCCUGUCGACCAGGCCGCCGGCUACAAGGAGAUGACCGACGAGCUCGCCCACGACCUGUCGAAGCUCACCGGCCUCCCCGGGUGCUCGCUCCAGCCCAACUCGGGCGCGCAGGGCGAGUACGCCGGCCUGUCGGUCAUUCGCGCCUACCACCUCUCGCGCGGCAACGGCCACCGCAAUGUGUGCCUCGUCCCGGCCUCGGCGCACGGCACCAACCCGGCGUCGGCCGUCAUGGCCGGCAUGCGCGUCGUGCCCGUCAAGAACCUCGCGUCGGGCUACCUCGACCUGGCCGACCUCAAGGCCAAGGCCGAGAAGCACAAGGACGACCUCGCCGCGUUCAUGGUCACGUACCCGUCGACGUUCGGCGUCUUCGAGGGCGGGAUCGAGGAGGCGUGCGAGGUCAUCCACUCGCACGGCGGCCAGGUCUACCUUGACGGCGCCAACUUCAACGCCAUGAUCGGGCUCACGUCGCCGGGCAAGGUCGGCGCCGACGUGUGCCACCUCAACCUCCACAAGACGUUCGGCAUCCCGCACGGCGGCGGCGGUCCCGGCAUGGGCCCCAUCUGCGUCGCCGAGCAGCUCAUCCCGUUCCUCCCGGGCCACCCGCUCGUCCCGACUGGCGGCAAGGAGGCGAUCGGCCCCGUCUCGGCGGCGCCGUUCGGCAGCACGAGCAUCCUGUCGAUCUCGUGGGCCUACAUCCGCAUGCUCGGCGCGCACGGCCUCAAGUACUCGACCAAGCUCGCCCUGCUCAACGCCAACUACGCCAUGCACCGCCUCCAGGAGCACUACCGCGUGAAGUUCGUCAACGACAAGGGCCGGUGCGCCCACGAGUUCAUCAUCGACCUCGCCGAGUUUGACGAGAAGGCCGGCAUCAAGAUCAUGGACGUCGCCAAGCGCCUGCAGGACUACGGCAUCCACCCGCCGACGUGCUCGUGGCCCAUCUCGACCGCCAUGCUCAUUGAGCCGACCGAGUCCGAGGGCCUGCGCGACAUCGACGCCUUCUGCGACGCCAUGAUCAAGAUUCGCCACGAGAUUGACGAGAUCGCCGACGGCAAGCAGCCUCGCGGCAACAACACGAUCACCAACGCGCCGCACACGCAGCAGGUCGUCAUCUCGUCCGAGUGGGACCGCCCCUACACUCGCGAGCAGGCGGCGUACCCGCUCCCGCACCUCCGUCACCGCAAGUUCUGGCCGAGCGUGAGCCGCGUCGACGACAAGCACGGCGACAUGAACCUCGUCUGCGAGUGCGGCACCGUCGACGAGUACGCCUCGGAGCCGGCAUAGGCGGUCCUGGGCGUGCAGCACCGGCCCUCGCUCCCUCCUUCCUCUUUCCCUCCCUCGUACCUUGCACCCUCUCGCGCCUCGUUACUACCCUAUACCGCCACCGCCCAUCCCGUCUCCCCACCAGCUCGCUGUCGUUCCUCUCCCUCUCUAGUCUCUCCCUCGCCCUCUCCUUUGUUGCGCCUUCUGUUCGUCUCGUUCUUCUCGGCAGUGCUCUGGGUUGUACGAAUCUCAACAUCGCAGGCGAAAGCCACCCUUGCAAUCCUUCAACUCGUUUGCAGACCC